AUGGCGUCUUUGUUGUUGUCAAAAACUAAAGAUAAUCAUUGCAAGUUAAGUACAUUUCUAAAAUGGGAAAAAGAAUUUAAUUUUAAGUUUGAGUACGAUGUUAAUGGCACUGACGUUGUGAGAUUGCGGUGUUCGUUGUGCAAACAAUAUGAAACUCAAAUUAAAAACAUUAAAACAUUUUCUAUUGCAUGGAUUCGCCCCGGAACUCCAUCCAUUAAAAAAGACAGUGUAAGAAGUCACUGUAAUACUCUUCAACAUAAAGAGGCACAUCGGAUUGAUUAUCGGAGUAAAUUGGGUUUGGGUGGUUACCAAAAAAGUGUCGUCAAAAAAACUCUUACCCCCGUUGAUCCUCGUGGAAAGUAUCAACGAAAAAUUGAUGAAAAAGAUCGCGACUCACUCCAAAAGAAAUUUAACGCAGUUUAUUACUUGGCAAAAAAAGAACGCCCAUUUACUGAUUUCCCUGAUUUAUUAGAGUUAUUAAAAAAAAAUGGUGUUCAAAAUCUUGGUGAAAGUUACGCAACUAAUAAAGCCGCUGGUAUUUUCACGGAUUACAUUGGUGAAAUAGCUAAAGAUCUUUUCAAAAAAGACUUUAUAAAAGCAAGAUAUUAUUCUGUAUUAAGUGACGGCAGUUGCGAUAGUGCUACAAUUGAACAAGAAUUAGUGUAUGUGUUGUAUUUGCUAGAAGGUAGUCCGUGUGUGAAACUUUUAUCAGUCGAAAGUCCUGAUAAUGGUAAUGCUAGUGGUUUAAAAAACUGCCUUAAACAAUCGUUUGAAAGAGUUGGUAUAUCUGAUAUGUCCAAAAAACUUGUAGGGUUAAACGUGGAUGGAGCAAGCGUAAAUCUUGGUAUUCACUCAGGUUUAGGAGCUUUAUUAAAGUUAGAUUCUCCUUGGCUUCAAUUAAUAUAUUGUUUCAACCAUCGUCUUGAGCUUGCCUUAAAAGAUGCUUUUGAAAAAACUGCAGCAUUUGAAAUUUGCGAAACCUUCUUGUUAAAUUUACGUUCUCUUUAUGAACAAUCUCCAAAACGUUUAAGAGAAUUAAAACUUAUAUCGGAAGCUUGGGAAACAUCAAUCCCUAAGCCUGCAAAAUCGUACGGUACACGUUGGCUUGACCACAAAUGGAAUGCAAUGAACAUCGCUUUAGAAAACUAUGGUGCAUAUAUUUCGCAUUUAGAGUCUCUCAGCCAAACAGACUCCCAGCCUUCAAAGCGAGCUGAAUUAAAGGGAUUUCUUCGAUUGUGGAAAAAAGCCUCUCUUGUGAUACAUUUAUCUGUUUAUUUAGACGUUCUAGCUCCGUUAAGACGCUUAAGUAUUGCCUUCCAGCAAGAUUUACACGAUCCAGUCAAAGCAGUCCGCAGGGUACAGCAAUUUAAUUUGACAAUGGCGAAACUUCGUAUUAUUUUGAGUAAUUCCGUCGACAAAAUGUGUACAGAGCAAACGAUUUUAACGAAUUACAAGAAAUUAAUUGGCAACGUAACUGAAAAGGAUGAUAUAACGUUUUCUCCUUUAUUUCAAAAUUUAAUUGUUCUGCUUGACGUAUCUUUUUGGCCCGUAAACCCUGAUUGUAUAUUUGGAGAUAAAGAAAUAGCGGAAAUUGUAAUAUAUUUUAACGAACUUUUAAAAAACGGAGGAUGUGAUACCAACAAAAUUAGCAUUGAGUGGAUUAUCUUAAAGAGUUAUAUAUUUCCGAUGUUACGUAAUUCAGGAGGUGAAAUUUAUUUAAAAAUUUGGAAAAAAAUAUUUUUGACAGAUAUAAUUAUUGCAGAAUGUCGAAAUAUAUUAGAUGUCUUUGAGUUGCUUCUGCUUUGUCCAUUUACAAACGCUAAAGUUGAACGUAUGUUUUCCCGCGUUAAUCGAGUAAAAUCUGAUUGGAGAAAUAAAUUAUCACGUGAUCGACUCGAAUGUCUUUUACGAAUCGGAGAAAAAGGAUGCAGUUUGAAUAAAUUUGACCCAAACCCUGCUCUGGAUGCUUGGUAUCAAGAUAAAAUAAGAAGACUUAGUGCUGCACCUCAUCGCUACCCAGAUAAACGAAGAAAAUUAUCUGCAGCAAAAUCUUCCAUUGAUCUAUCUGUAUUAACAAUAUCAGAUUUUGAAAGAGAAAGCGAUAGUUCUAACCCUGAUGUCUAA